AUGCCCACCACCAUCUUCACCCUCUCACUCCCAACCCUCCUCCUCCUCACACUAACCUACAUCCUCAUCCUAUCCAUCCUAACCUUCACAUACACCACACUCCGCACACGCACCCUCCUCGAAACCACCUCCGACCUCAACGACCGCCUCCGCCGCCAAGAGCGCCUAUCCGUACUCCUAAACCGGCACCUCCAGCGCCUCACAUGGUGGACAUGGAUGUGCGACGAAGACAUGAAGCACCGGCGAAUACCGCAUUUGAACUACGCAUCAGGGGUGUUUGACGGCGAGAAAGAGUACAACUUUCCCACGAGCACAUUUGCGAACUCGUCGUCUUCUUCUUCUUCGAGCGAGCCUUUUGAGCCGCCGUUUGAACCGCCGUUUGAGGGGUUCCCGGAGCCCGGGGCGGCGCAGAGGGAGUAUGCGCAGGUGCUGAGUAGACUGGAGCAGGAGCGUAGGGAGGGGGGGGCGGAGGAGAUGUGGCGGCCGAGAUGGUGGCGGUGUGGGGUGCAUGGGGAGUGUGCGUGUGAGGGGUUGAGAGGUGGUGGGUUGGCGGAGAGGGAGUCGAGGAGGUUUCGGGCGCCGGAGUAUGUGGGGUUGAGUAGUAGUGAUGAGGAUGAAGAUGAGGAUGAUGACUGGAGGGGGAGGAGGAGGGUGGAGAAGAGUGCUGUGGAGGGGCAGGAUGGGGAAGUGAGGUCAGAUACCGGCGCGGUGAUCCUAGAUGCGGAAGAAGGGGAGAAGAAAGAUGGAGACCUCACUGAUCAAUUACGAAACCUGGACGUCACAAACACUCCCCCCUCGGACGCUCACUCAUCGUCGUCUACCAUCACUCCACUGUCCCAAUCCGAGCAGUCCACCGGCCACCACCCCGUCUUCGGCCCUGCGGACGAGUUCGCUGACGAACUCGAACCAGAACCCACAUGCGGCAACAUCCCCUUCUCAGAAUGGGACGAAAUCCGCUUCGUACCCUGCUACAAAUCGCCACCAAGCAGCGCAUGGCGCGAGACCCUCGAGCGCGAAGCCCGCCUGAAGUACGGCAAGCCACGUAUCCACUCCACUCCCAGUUCAACCGGAAACUGUACCUUCAUUCCCAACCUUCCAAAGAUCUUGUGGGAUCAACCCCGCCAGCCGCCGGUGACGCUGAGGCAGGUUAUGGGUAACGGUGUGGAGUUGGGCAGGUAUGGAGACAGGCUGGUUUAUCUGCCGAAUGGGUGGGCGCAUGUGGUGGAUGUUAGGCUGUGGAUUGAGACGACUGCGCAGGCGAGGGCGGAGCGGCGGAAGAGUCAGGGUGGGAAGGGGAAGAGUCAGGGUGGGAAGGGGAAGGUUUUGGAUACGGAUUGGGAGGUUGCGAGGAGGUCGGUUAAUGCUUGGUGGGGGGAUGUUAUGAAUGAGGAUGGGACGAAGAGGGAUAUGGGGCGGCCACCUGGACUGGGAAAAGGGGUUGAAGCAGAGUGA